CUCUCCACCCAGUUUGUCCAGCAGCAGCUGCGGCGGCGGCGGCGGCUCAGUGCGCCGGGGAGCGUCAGGCAGCAGGACACGCCGCGGACGGGAGCGGACCCACCGGAUCACAAAACAGGAUCCCUCCUCGCCUUCCAGGGUAAAAUAUCCCCACACAUCUCCUCAGACUGAGCGAUCCGGUGGAAACAUCGGAACAAACUCCGGGUUGGAUCCGUAGCCAGUGGCGGGCAGGAGGGAUGCUGCUCCAGCCCGACACGGUGCACCGCGCAGUCCGCCUCCGAGGCUGGUGAUGCCCGGCGCGGUGCGGGGAUCCCCACCCAGCUGCAGCGGCAGCAGGUCGGAACAACAGGGCUUCGGGGAGAUGAUGGUGGUUCGACCGGGAUCAUGGCUAACGGAACCGGUUCUAUUAUGCUGAAAUGCGUCGUGGUUGGAGACGGCGCAGUGGGUAAAACGUGUCUCCUGAUGAGCUAUGCCAACGACGCCUUUCCAGAGGAGUAUGUGCCCACGGUGUUUGAUCAUUAUGCAGUGAGCGUCAACGUUGGAGGGAAGCAGUACUUGUUGGGACUGUAUGACACAGCUGGUCAGGAGGACUACGACCGCCUGCGGCCCUUGUCCUAUCCGAUGACAGAUGUCUUCCUCAUCUGCUUCUCCGUUGUCAACCCGGCCAGUUUCCAAAACGUGCGUGAGGAAUGGGUGCCGGAGCUGCAGGAGUACGCACCCAGCGUUCCUUACCUGCUGAUUGGCACCCAGAUUGACCUCCGUGAUGACCCUAAGACGAUUGCAAAACUGAACAACAUGAAGGAGAAGCCAAUCGCCACAGAGCAGGGACAGAAACUGGCCAAGGAGAUCGGGGCGUGUUGCUACGUGGAGUGCUCGGCGCUGACCCAGAAGGGCCUGAAGACGGUGUUUGACGAGGCUAUCAUCGCCAUUCUGGCUCCCAAGAGGAAGAAGGGAUCCAUGAAGAGAAGACUGGGACCCCGCUGCAUCAACUGCUGCUUGAUCACGUGAUGUGGCGGCUCCUCCGAAUCCAUCUAGUGAAAGACCACAAACCAAACAUGGACUGAUGGCAAAACAUGGAUAAAAUGCAAAGACAAAAACCAGGAGGAUUGACGGACAAAACAAGAGCUAGCUCUAAGAAUCUUGAAAUACCAGAAGUCUCUCCUGAGCUGAGAAUGCCGUUUUUACCAAAGGAGCUCAAAACCCAUCAUUUUCUUCUUCUACAAGACAUUUGCCUCAAAAGUACCUUUUUUUAUAACCAUUUUAAUCUUUUUUGUUUGUUUGUUUCUGUCGCUGUAUGCCGUCACAGGAAAGACAAAAACAUAUUUCAGCUUUAAUAUGAAUGCUUAAUUCAUAAGUAUUUCUAUUGUUUUUGGAAAUAACUUUUAUGUUUAUCUCCAAAAUGAUGGAAGAGAAUAAGUAUUUAGCUUUGAAAUUUUGUCAUGGGAGACACAGUUUUACAUUUUUAAUUUCAAAACUUUAAAUUCGGACGAAUUUUGGACCUACAGCUAUGUUAUUUUUAAGGUUGUUUUGUAGUGUGGCAUGCCAAAAUACUCCAAGGUAGAACGAAACUGAGGAGUUCACAAGAAAAUGAAAAUGUUUAUUAUCCAUUUUUAGAAGCUAUAUUAUCUAGAGUUUGUAAGAUUGUACCACUAAAUCAAAUAUCAUCGAGAUCAUAUUUUAUCAGUUGAUAAAUAACAUUUUGUUAUCACGCAGUAACUUGCUAUGUUUUUAUCAAUUUAAAGAGACUAACUCGUAUAUUUCCCAAAGAAUGCACACCUUUCAUUAAAGGGCAUAUAUCAAUUUUUUCAUAUUGUUUUUUAAAAAUAUUUUUAAGACAUUUUACAUACUUCUUGAUCAAGAAUUGUGUUUAGAAGCAUAAAAUAAAGGUCAUCAUAUGAUAGUUGGGAUGGCAAGGUCUUGAGCUCAAGUUUGAAUUCAACAGAUUUAUCAACCGAUUUAUCCAGUCAGAAGAAGGAAAUUAGAGAAAUUGUAACUUGAGUAAUUAGCAAACCGGCACCCUACAAACGGAUUUAAAGGUGAUCCGAGGCUGAGUCUGCCUGUAAUUUUAUCCUGUUUCAAAUUUCUGCUUGUGCCAAUAACUCGGCAUUCAGAAAGCCAAAAUUUCUGUUUCAGACCUGUAUUGUUAUUGUUUGCAGGCAAGCAUAAGUACAAUUCUACAACUAUGUGAGACCAUGGUUAAGGAAAGUCUCACUUUUCUCCAUAAAAUCACUCUGUCAAAAUGUUACUCUGAGGUCUCUCAUGUCACUCAGACUCUAUAGACGUUUCUGUAGUUAAGUUUUUCUACAACACUGUAUUUAUUUGCCCUAAAAUGUCACUUCAAGCUAAUGCUACACCAAUCAAAAUAUAAAAGGUAAAAUACUGACAUAUAAUCAGACUAAGCCUAUAAUGAGGUAUUCUUUUCCAUUUGGCUCAGACAAAAAUAAAUUAAAAAAACAUUUACUAAUGGCUAACAAAGCUAAUUUUGCCUCUAAAUAUCCAGAAAGAUUGAUUAUCAAAAAAAAUCUUAGAUUUACGCAGUCUGUAGAUAUUUGCAGAGGUUUUGUAUUACAACAGAGUAUUAGGGAUAUACUAACAGAAAGCUUUAAAACUUCACGAGAAUAAAGUAAUAAAUUUAUGACAACAAACUUGUACAAGAACCAAGUCAAUAUUACGUGAAAAAACAAGAAUAAAGUUGUAAUAAAUAGAAUAAAAUUGAAUAAAUAUAGCUAGCUGUCCUAACCAAAAGCAUAAACUCUGGAUCAUCCUUUAAAUUUAAGAUUUAAAUGGUUUUAGAAGCACAGAGUGAAAAGUUUUCUGGCAGAACAACCGUUUUUGUGGGUGAGAACCAAUCUGUUCUCUUUGCCUAAUUACUUCCACGCCACUGCAUAGGUGACCUUGAAUCCUAAAGUCAUCCUCUGUUUUAGUAUUUCCUAAUUUUAGUUUACUCAAAAAAUUAUUUUUGUUUGGGAAAAUUGUUUCAAAAUCACUAAUCCACUUUAAAAAAAUCAUCAGAAUGCUGAUUGUGAUUUAUUUCUGUUUCAUUCUUUCAUAAUUUUUAGGUUUUCUGCCUCUAAAAUUUGAUGAUAUAUGCCUUUUAAAAUCAUCUGGAUACUAUGACCCAAUACUGUCUACGGCACAACAAUGAAACACAGCUGCUGCUGCUCCAUUUCCCAGCACAACAAUGCACAUUCCCUGUGCUUUCCAACAUACCCAUUGUCCCAGGAACAGCUGUCUGAAGCACACAAGAUGCACACGGUUCUGUCAGGCACAGCAGGAAUAGCACACCAUGUCAGUAAGAACAAUCAGAGGUUCUCUAUGCCCAAAUUCUGCAACAAGAUUCUCUUGUAAAUCUCCAAUGUCACCAAAUACAGUAAAGACACUAAUUAAAACAGUUCUAUGUCAAAUAAAAUGAAAUUUGGUUGCCUUAAAAGCUGAGAAGUUACAGUUUAAACAUUUAGAAACCUAGCUUUCUAAAUGCUAGGUUUCUAGCAUUUAGAAAUGCUAGAAACAAUAACAUUUAAUAUAUUAUUGAGUUAGCUUUUGCUACACACAUCAGUUCUUCAUUGGUAUUUACCAAAAUAUUUAGUUAAUAUCAGUUGGUCUUGUUUAGCCUUAGUUAACUGAAACAACUAACAAAGCUAAUGUUAACUAUGUUAGCGCCUGUUGCUAGUUAGCUAGCUAGCUAGCCAAUGCAAACUCGGCAUAAUUCACCAUAUGUUUUAAAAUGUAGCAUUCAAAGUUAUGAUGUCAAAUAAUUCUAAAACACAUUUAUAAAAUCAAAAUAUAUUUAAACACAAAAUAUUACAAAAACUAUAACCAAGAAAUGUUAAAAAGUAUGGUUUAGCAUUACUACAAGUUAGCACUUUGCCUUGAAAAACACUUUUCUUGUUUUUGCAGAUUACAGUUGUAUGUAUAUUUUACCUCUGGCAAAAAGAUAAACAAUCACCACUUUUGGAUGAAUAUCAGGUCUUCACUAGUAUUUACCUAAAAACUUAGUUGGUGGUAUUUAGCUCCUAGCCUUAGCUAACUGGAACAACUUUCAAAGCUAAUGUUAGCUGUGUUAGCGCCAAAUGAUAAUUAGCUAGCUAAUCAAUGCCAACUCAGCUCAAUUUACCGUAUGUUUUAAAAUGUAGCUGACAAAGUUAUGUCAAAAGGCUCUAUAAAAUGAAGAUAUACUGUAUUUCAACACAUAAUAUCACAUUAACAAUGAUAACCAAGAUAAGUUAAAAGAUAGGGGUUAGCAUAAGUACUGGUUAGCACUUUGCUUUGGAAAAACAACGCUUUCUUUGUUUUUAUAGGUUACAGUUGUUUCUGGCAAAAAGAUAAACAAACAUCAAUCUUGGAUUGUCUGUCUUUAGUUUUACUUUGUGGAAUGUUCUCAAACUUGACCAGAUCUACUAGAUUAAAUAAGAAAUGGCCGUCUUAGGCUUGUGCAGUGGCUAUAUCCUUAUAACACCCACACCAGUCCGAAAUUGCAACAAGUAGCCACAGCUCCUCUUCACAUAAUAUCAUGGCAUUGCUCUUGCUCAAAAAACCUCUCCUUAUUAAUCAACUGAAACAAACAACUCAUGUUGUCCUCCUUUGGACAUGGAGAUUGGUAUGCUUUCUAAGUUGGGGAGAUGCGCACACACCUCCAAAUUGCGUAUAUAAACGUUUCUUCUUUCACAUCAAGAUUGAAACUGUUGGUGGAAGAGCAGAAACCUCCCAAAUAUUUAGAAAACAUUAGCAAAUUGUGAGGAUGCUUCCUAAUGCUAGAGUUUCUGUAAUGGUAGAAUAGAAUUAAGAAAUAGAAUGGGCAUGAAAGCCUUGUUCUGAGUAUUACAUGAGUAAGGUUAUUCUUCUCACACAAAUGAAAUUUUACAAAUUUGCAACCAUUCAUUGACACUAUCCUGUCUUAAUUUCCUUUGGAAAUGGCAUAAAGGAGUCCAGAUGCAGUUUGUCAAGCUCAGCUUGUCGACCAACAAGGAUACAAGAAGGUUCUGGUUUUAAAACUCAAAAUAGAGAAGGAACCUAACUGGAACUAUUAACUGACUUUUGGGCAAAAAAUAACCCUGUAUUCCAGUAGUCUAAAAAGAAUCAGACCGAAUAGAAGUAGAUAUCAGUGAGAAAUCUUGAGGAAACCGUUAUUUGUUUGGUGCCAUCACCAUAAAACUUAUAAAGACAACUGCACAAAGAAAAUAACACACAUUUCCAUAAAUUUAGACACUUCUCAUUCCAUCAAUCUAAAGUAGGCUUUAGAUCUCAUUGUUCAGGGUCAUAAUGCAUCAGUCCACCAACCAUGGAAGCAUACGCUUUAAAUGGGAAAAACUGAUAUAUCAGCUGCUGUGAAAGAACAUUGGAGAAUAAAAUCUACACCUCAAUGAAUUCAAGUUACCUGAAAGAUUUUUAUGUUUUUGAUUUGAAAAGACUGAAUAUUCUCCAACAGCAGUAAUCCCAUUUUGUUGUUUGUUUUUUGCUUUUUAUUGGUGUAAUUGUAAGUCACAAGUUUCAAAUAGUAAUCAAAAACCAAUGCUUUAAAAUGUUUUAAAAUUGGUGCUAUCCAAUUUAGGAAAGUAAACUCAACAGAAUUUAGGCAGAAACAAGAUGUGAAGUUUUAGUGGAAACUUUAAGGUUUUUUUUUCUUAGCCAGUGAAAUAUCAAGACAUUUAUCCCUUUUUAUUUAAAAUGCAUUUAAUUUUUCUAGCAUUUUUAAAGACAUUUCUCAGAGGUGCCAAUUCUCCCUGUUGUUUUGUUUCAUAUGAUUAAUUAAAGCUUUAACGUUGAAGGUGCUUCUUCUCUCUGUCCCAGCCUGUGUUGCGUAACGGUCCUGUCAGCGGCGCUGAUCACUGCACGAGGAGCGGCCGAGCCUCUCGGACAGUUUUGCUCGCUUUUGUCAUGUGAAGGUCCCCCCUCUCCUCCUCAGGAUCAAGGACCGAAGUGCCACAGCCAGCAAUGCAUUCUCCCAUUGAUGAUCCUCUUUUCUCAAUAAACAUGUUUCCUGUGUUAACA